AUGCGAGCAAGAGAACCAUCGGACGGAGGCAGCUACGGCGGGGGAAUGGCAAACAUGAAAUUGGCUUUCAGUGAUGAUACUACUGCUGUUUAUAAGCCAAUCAUGCCACCUUCUUUUAUCGCUUCUAACACUACCGAUGCUAAUGAUAUUAAUGACAAUUUUGAUCAUGUAGUGAGUAGCAGUAACGGUGGGGGUGGAAGCCGUUUUGAUGGGCUCAACAUGAAUUUAAUUGAGCCCACGAAGAGAAAACGAGGACGGCCCAGAAAAUAUUCUCUGCUGGAAAGUAGUCACCGUGAAGAAAAUCUAUUUAUUAAUUCAAAUACAGAGUUUCAAUCUAGUCCAAUAAUGUCAAAAAAGCCAAGAGGUAGACCUCCUGGUUCAGGUGGCAAAAACCAACGAGCUUUUAAUGCACAUGGAUCAACAGGACUUGGAUUUACACCACAUGUUAUUGCGGUGAAAACUGGAGAGGAUGUGUUCUCAAAAAUAAUGGCAUUCUCUCAAAAUGGGGGAAGUGGUCUCUGCAUUUUAUCAGCGAAUGGUGCUGUAUCUAACGUAACACUUCAUCAAGCUACAGCAUCUUGCGGAACCAUAACUUAUGAGGUUUGUCGAUAG